UUGACAUGGAGAUAAAUGACACAAUGUAGUGUAGCUACAGACAACUUUGUGUGUGUGUUUUUAAAGAAGUGUGUCGGUUUUUUCGACAAAAGCGACGACAAAAUGUUCGUCUCUUUGUUAUCUACGUUGAUUUUUUUCGACAGCCAAACGCUGGGCGAGUUCGUUGCCACCACCGGAACCUGGACUGGACCUGCUUUGAAUGUCGAUGACAAGAACUUUCCUCACCGAAUCACGAACAUGAAUCCUGAACCUUUUCAGCUCCAGCAUCAAGUACUCGAUCCUCCACCAGGUUGUAACUUCAGCUUGAGGGUCCAGGUUACUGAAAUGCUGAGUCAUCAGUACCUGAAGCAGGCAAAAGUCGAUGUCUAUGUAAAUUACACCAGAACCAGCACAGCCCUUACUGGGGAGGAUGGUGGUGUUUUGCUCCAAGUACCUUUCCAAACUGGAUUGCCCAUCACGGUUGUGGCCAGCAGGGACGGCUACAUUUGCAGAGUGUUGCCAUAUAGAAUCACCAGGACACCAAUAUUUUCGUCAGUGACCAUGCCACUGCUGGGUCUUACUCAAGGAAACAUCUGGCUGUUUGAAGACACUUUCCUCAUCACUGACAAAACAUCUGACGCUUCAUUGAAGCCCAUUGUCCAGUUUCCCAAGAGCCUGCUGAACCUGACAGACAGCAGUGACGUCGCCUCUUUACAAGCUUACUUGACAAUCCCCAAGUUGCCUUCAGAGGAGGGAGAGUUCCUCAACACAUUGGGCAUCAUCAGCAGUGCCUCAGGAUACGUCAGCAUGGAGUUGAAUCCAGUGGCAGCCGUCAGUGUGCGACUAUUUUCCAGGGACGCUGAGUUGCAUAUAAGCGGACCCAUAAAGAUCAGCCUAACUCUUCCUGACAGCUGUGGACUUCAGUCUUCAAAUGUAGUUCCAGCAUGGUUAUAUAACCAGACCACUGGUGGCUGGAUGAGACAGGGAUUAGGGACUGUGGUGUCUAUGGAUGGGAAACUGAUUUGGACAUGGACAGCUCCUCAUCUUGGUGACUGGAUUGCUGCACCGAUGCCAACUAGUGGAGAUGUCUUUGGAACCGGCCUCCUCAACGACUUCUUUGUCCGUUAUUCAACUUUCCUGAUGGUUGUCCUGGGAGCAGUGCUUUUUAUCUUUGCCUGUCUUCUCGGUGGAUUGUUGAAUUAUCAGAGAAGCUCUGCAAGGGACACGAAGGGUAAGCAGAUCUUACCACUGACAAGAAAAGACCAAUCCACCACAACAGGCAACAGCGAAGACAUUGCAGGAUAUUCUGGUGAUGUCACUCCAUCUCAGCAUGGCCUGAAACAAUUAUUUACUGACAUGAGUGCUAACCAACACAAUGUUACUUUUUCCAUCUAUAACGCCAAUAUUAUAGCCAAUCCCAAUGCUUUGGCCACUAGUGCUGAACCUAAUGAUCUGGUUCCUUCACACACUCCAGAGAUGAUAAAAGUUCCAGCCCCUCUUGCAGACAAUUUAUUAUUUUACAACCAGCCUGUUGCCAUUCUUCAUGCUUCAGCAUUUUUCCAAGUGGAAGAGCAAAUGGAGCAGCCCCACUGGAGCAAGGCAGCCACUCAGCCACAGGCAGUGGCUUUGAAUGGUGAUUCCACAGAGAAAAUGCCCGAAAAAAACUGCAUUCAAAAUUUGCCAGCCGUCUCCAUUGCCACCCAGAACCAAGGAGGAGACAGCGAAGAACAAGUUGACAAAUUAAAUGCUCAGGAUCCAAUAUCGCCAAACAAGUCUAGAGGUCAGUGUGGUCUACUGGAAUCUGCAUCAGUCCCAGAAACGUUAAGUAAAAUGAGGACCAGCAGACACUCAAUGGAUGCUGUGACGGAACUUUCAAAAACAUCCUCGUCUCAACCACCUCGGGCCUGGUUUGUCACCCUGGAGGGCAAACCUGCAGCCGAGAUCCAUUAUGCUGUGGCAGAACAGCAGAGGAGACGAAGAGCGGCGGAAAGUCAAGAAACUAGUUUAGAUUCAGGUGUGGAUAUGAUCGAGAUGAACCAGACACCUUCAAGGAGAGUUGUAACACUGGAGCGGAAUGCUACUUUUGUUAAGAGAACAUCAAGCAGCAAACAAACAUCACAGUAAAGCAAGAAGAGGUUUUUGCACCAUCAAAUGAACGGCUGCUUGCCACAUUUCCCUUGUGACAAGGUCAUAAACCACAAAUAACAAAAUGAUAAAUUGAAGUGGUUGAGUUUUUCCAAACAUGCCACUUUUAAUCCUACCCCAUCUCUGAUAUGUGAUUUUGAGGGUUUUUUUUGUUUGUUUGUUUUUUUAAAUGACCAAAAAAAAAUGUUUUGCCAUUAUCAUGACCUCUUAUCACUGAUGGAUAGGAACUGGAAACAGGAAAUCUUUGACUGCCUCGCACAUAUUUAACAACUAAAAUAAUACUAUUAACCACUAGCCUUGACAUGAGUGUGACUUAAAGUUCAAUUCAUUCCUCGAUGUACCGUCCACUGGAAACUACUGAAAUCCUUCAAAAGGUUUAGAUUCCCUCAGACCAACGCAGUUGACUGACGUGCCGCGUGCUACCAGAUCCUUCCACUAGAGGGCAUACUUACACAAGGUUUGUUCAAUUACUGCUGCAGUACCGGUACUCUUUUACCAUCAUGUGUAAUAAAUACAGCAGGAAGCUUCACCUUCAGUGAUGGUCUACUGUAUAUUCUGUAUUGUGUGUCUGUUGUCCCUUGCCCCCACUCUGUUCUUCUGUUCUGUCCCUUUUAGAGAGUUGCUAACUGGAGUAAUGAGACUGAUUCGAUCCAAGUAAAUAAAUACAGUACUGCAGAUUCUGAUACCGAUACUUUUUAGUUAAAUUUUUUUUAAUAUUGUAUUAUUGUGCCUUUAAAUUUGUUGACCGCACCAUGAUUACAAACAAAAUAAAAACACAGUACAAACUUUUUCUUAUAUAUUAUAAAAUCAAAACAUUUAGCAAUAUAUAAACACAUCAAUAUAGAACAGUGUAACAAUAUGAGCAAAAUAAGUCAAUUGAGCAAAUUACCUAACAAAAGCAAAAAAUAUAAUUGGCCCACAUUCAAUCCUUUGGAUUUUUGCCCCCAAAUCCCUCCUAGUCCAAGAACUUAUUCCCAGAGUUCCAUCACCCAUCUCUAAAAGCCUGACCUGAUUCCUAUUUUGGCCGAUACCAAUUAUUUAAAAUAACUGACAGCACACGCCUUAAGUGUUCCAAUCUUACUUUGUUGAAAAACACUGAAUAAUACCUGUGAUGAAACAAUACAAACUGCACAUGAGGUACUUCUGUCUAAUAUGAUUGAAAAGUUCAGAAAAUUGCUGUCCAAACUACAAAAUGAUUGUUUUGAAAACAUGAGAAAUAAAACACUAACAAAACUUACACAACAGGUUACGCUGCAGACCUGAUUUGAGCCUCUUACCGAAAAAAAAAGUGCACGACAGAAAAUGUCAGGUCAUCCUGUCACGGGCGGGCACGUGGCCGAUAACAGGAUCCCAAAAUGCAGAGUGGACAACAACUUCCGUAAACAAAAAUAUAUUUAUUAAUACAAUAUAAUAUAUGUGACAGUCCAAUGACAAAAAGCGCCGGGUACAUCCACGGCAAAAAGGUGUAAUAAAAAAAAUCACUGCACUAGCAGGACAAAAACAAGACACAAGAAUGUCCAACUGCAGAUACAAAAACACAAGCAGAGCAAAGCAUGGGUACUUACUGUACAACUUGGGAAGUUUGACCAGAAGCUACAGAACCACGGGAAGCCAAGACUGAGCGUGAACAAGUAACAGGUGUGCAUGAGGAGACAACAUGGCAAGGAAUGAGACUCAAUGCAGGGUAUAAGUAGGACGUGGUGAUUGCAAGCAGGUGUGUCAGAGCUCCUCCCUCAAGGUAGGUAGGUGUGCUGCAACAGAGAGACACAAGAUGGCAGCAGAGCAGCACCCCAACUCAGGACACAUCCAAUGCCAUGAACCCCAUCAUUUUUCUCGAAGUAGCUUUGCUCUUUUCACUGGCUUUAGCUUUAGCCUUAGCUUGAUUGCUAGCUGGCAGUCUGGGGAGGUAGAUAAGAUCAGUGGAUAAGAUCUGUUUCAUAUGUAAGGAUCAGCUGAUUGCUGAUCCCCCAAAAUUAAGUAAAUCGGAGCUGUGAAUGCUUAUAAACAA